AUGCUUCCCGAUCCAGCCUUGACGCUGACCAUACCAAGUCUGUACGAUGGCACGACGCUCGACUGCCGCAUCUACCAUCCCGCCUCGCUGGCGGCGACGAACGCUCAUGCUGCGCCAUGGAACCGUCACGCAGCAGUGUUUGCGCAUCCGUAUGCGCCCAUGGGCGGUUCAUACGAUGACGGAAUUGUCGAGGUAGUCGCCUCACAGCUGCUGCGGACGGGCUACCUCGUCGGGACCUUCAACUUCAGAGGUGCCGGGCAUUCGGCAGGAAGGACGUCAUGGACGGCGAAGCCUGAGAUCCAAGACUACGCGAGCGCUGUCGGCUUUGUGGUGUAUUACGUGCAGCACCUGGAUCCCUUCCGACCAACGUCAUCACCCGAGACGAGAGCACGAUUCCCGGUACCGUCCCUUCUCAUGGGCGGCUAUUCGUACGGCGCCAUGGUCACGGCGCAUUUGCCCCCAUUGUGCGCCAUUCUUGAGCCUUUCGAGUCCCCAUUGGCGGACACGUAUCCUGCCCAAAUACGCCUCCGGGCUGAACACCUCGCCGAGCAGCAAAACGAGAUCUUAGGCAGCAUGCGCGCCGCGGUGAUGGAGCAAUAUCAGAAUAGACAAGAGUUACACCCGAGACAUUUGAAAACGCAUCGUGGGAGUGUGCGGAUUGGUGGCGACGAGGGAGGUCCUUCGCGCAAGAGCCAUGAGAGCACCGGCCGAAGGAGUUUCUCGCUCGAUGCGGAAGAUAGGUUGCGCAGGGGUGUUGGCGAACUUUUGGCCAAGAGGAGGACGAAACACCACCCGAGGAGGUCUACCGAUGGCUCCGAACAGCCGACCGUGGCGACGAUCAGCGGCCUUGGGUCUUCACCGGCCGUUGAACCUGCGAAUGAGGUCGACACGAAGCUACCAAAACGGAAAAACAUGGUAGCCCCGAGGGCAGCCUACCUUUUGGUGUCGCCUCUGCAGGGUCUCGUCAUGCACCUCGCCACCAUGGAAAUUUUCCCCUCCGCCAUCACUGCUCGCCGACAUCAUCAGAGGAAGCAUGAGACAGCCGUGGAAGGACGGGAGGGACGACCUCCCGCCGAGAUGAAGCUUGUGCAAAAUCCGACGCUGGCCGUGUAUGGUGACAAGGACAUAUUUGUGUCGGCGGGAAAGCUGCGCGCUUGGGUCGCGAAGCUCACGGCUCCGGUUGCAUCGGCUAGCAAUCCCAUCAGCACGUCAAAGUUUCGUGCUCAUGAGGUUGAGACGGCAGGACACUUUUGGGUUGAGGAAGGUGUGCUGCCAGAAAUGAAGGAGGCGAUUGGGAGGUUUGCGGCGAGCGUGCGAGAUCUGGGUGCUGAUGAUGUUGCAGCGGCAGCUCAGCGGGAAGAGCCAGGGCGAGAAACCUAUGAUUUCACCUGGCCGCUGGAAACUGAUGGCGGUCGACAAGCAUCAUGGCUGCAUCACGAACGUAGCACAUUUUCAUGUCAUGACGGGACGGGCCAAUCGGGAGAUGUGGAGAUCAUGAAAGGACGAUGCGUUGUGGAACCCCUGAAGCCACCGACACGCCUCGCUGGGCUCCAAGACUCGGACUCGUGGCCCAAUGAUGGUUUCAUUCUCAUCCAUCCCAACGGUUCAGUUCAGUUCAAACUUCAGGCCAGCAAGAAUAGAGUCAAGACCCGCAAUGUUAUCGGCCAACCACAUGUAGAAGCUGCUUCAGCGUCUUUGGCAGCUCCCUUCCAUGUGAAGGACCCUGGGGCUCAGCAAGCCACCACGGAAUCUCCUACACACAUUUCCUCAGCGGCAUGUCCGGGAUAUGUGGAUGGUGCCCGAGAGUGCUAG